AUGAGUAUGCGCACGAGACGGCAAAAGGCCACGACAUCAGGCGGAGGUUUAACGCCACCUACGCUUGACGACGAGGUGGAAGAUACCAUGGCCACCGCCAAUGGCUCUGUGCACAAGAAUAAUAAUACUUCCCACACCACCUCCUCCUCUGCCUCCAAGCGGAGACGAUCCCGCUCCCCUGCUGUCCCAGCCGAACACAAUGAGAAUAUAUUUCUCUUUUACCCUAAUAUAAUCGGUUACUUCCGCGUUUUCCUUGCAAUCGCUUCCCUCUAUUAUAUGCCCCUUCACCCACGAACCUGCUCUCUCCUCUACAGCAUAUCGUGUCUCCUCGAUGCCCUGGACGGCGUAGCAGCUCGCCACUUCAACCAGUCCACCACCUUUGGAGCGGUGCUGGAUAUGGUGACAGAUCGAUGCACCACGGCUUGUCUGUUAGUGUUCCUGAGCUCCGCAUGGCCGCGAUGGGCGAUUCUCUUCCAAGGCCUGAUCAGCCUCGACCUGGCCAGCCACUACAUGCAUAUGUAUGCGACGUUGACAAUGGGUGGUUCGGGCCAAAGCCACAAGAAAGUCGAUUCGAGCAGGAGCUGGAUUCUGUACCAGUACUAUAAUAGCAAGACCGUCCUCUUCGUCUUCUGCCUCUUCAACGAACUCUUCUUCAUUGGCCUCUACCUCCUUUCCUUCUCCUCGCCAAUCCUAUCUCCCUCCCUCCUCCAACCUGUUGGCGGGGAAGGACUAGGCGCUGCUUCAGCGCAGCCAGGAUCACCAGCUGUCGCUCCAUUAUCUAGCCUCUUCUCUAGUCCCUGGAGCGCCGGCGCCCUUGAGCUCGCCCGCGCGAACAAGAUGGACAGCUUCUGGCCAUGGGUCAUCACAGGCAUUUCCGCGCCGAUCAUGGCGGGCAAACAAUUCAUCAAUGUUGUGCAGAUGGUUAAGGCAAGCCGGUGGCUGGCUGAGGGGGAUCUGAUGAGGAGGAAGGAGCAGCAACGGCAACAAAGGUUGUCCACGGCUAAGAAGCGGUGA